GUCUGCCACAGCACGUAGUGCAGGAGCAGCUGCAGCAGUAAGGAGCAACCCUGGUGCAGUCGACCGGAAAGAGACACCGUGCUACCGCCCCGCCAGUCUCUGGUCGUAACAGCCAUAGAACGUGGAGGGGCGGGCUCUCUCAGAGUCCCCGCACCUUGUUAUUGGUUAUCAUCAGACAGUUGUAUAACGUACGAACAAUUUCAGGCACAUUGUCUGAAAAUGCGCAAGUAAAGAUAAUGGAUGCCGAUCUGGAUCCGGCGCUGGUGUUCAGAGCACAUCAAGCAGUGUAGCCCACGUCGUGUGGGAAUAACACAAGGGUUUGACGAGUGAACGACCCCGAUCUACUCACAGUCCAUAAAGGAAAAAAGAUCUCCAGGCUGUACUGAUCAGGAAACACGGAAGCCAUCGGCAAGAAGGACAAUUGCCUUCUUCGCAUAUUGGCAAAGACAGCUAACGUUAAUGCCUUUGAACGAGGUCUGUUACGUGAUUAUUACAACACAUGACAAUGUAACGUUAGCCGAUAAGCCACAAAGGAAAUCUACCGGCGAAGCACGCAAGAGCAACACGGAGUACUGAUCAGGUAUCGAUUUUAGAUGUAACCCACAUCAUCCUGGCUACUCCUAGUGCUUGUAUGUCCAAGAAAAGGAUUGGGUAAAUAAGCCCUAGCUUCCAGUCCUUGAGGAGAAUGGCUCAUGGAUGGGAUUCAUACUUCCAUAACAUUCCACCUCUAUCAUCAGAUCCAAGCACUUUAAGAAGGACAUCAGAGUCAGAGGGAAGUCUUUCCCAGCAUAUAGAGAACCUCGUUGGACAUCAUGAAUUCUCCAGCACAGCUGCUUCAAAUGAAGCCCCUGCAGCAAACUCAAACUUUAACACAGACUAUUACUCAAAUCCCAGUAAUGGAAAUUCUAGCUCGGACUGUGUUUAUCAGAGAUACUACAAGGAAACACCAUGGCAAGCCGAUGGAGAACAAAUGGACAAUGUUUACUUGCAAAGAUGUGGAAAUAGUGAUUUUGCCGCAGAUGGAUUUUCGACAUCGGAAUCUUUUCCUUCAUCUUUUGCCACAGAUUUACAAGGACUUAAGCAGGACUGUGGAAUGCUAGCGACAUCAUUUCUUGACGACUACUCAGAUGUCAGUAGCUGCUCAGAUGCAGAUGUUGGUGAAAGAAGGCCCUCUUGUAAAUUCAUGGCAAGUCAUUCAGUUCCAAAACCUAAAACUGAUGUUACGAUAAAACAAAGCUCAUCUGAAUGGCUUUUCACACACACUGGAAAUAUUACAUUUCCAACUGACAGUAUGUGCCCUAAUAUGUCAGAGACUAAUAUUCUUCUGCCAAGUCCAUCAAAUGUGAAGGCAGGAGAAAAUAUAGAUGAAUGUGCACAAGACAAGAUGGAAAGUCCAAAAAACACUGUCAAAUCUUACACAGGAGCCAACCAGUCCCCUUCAACUUCUAACAUGGUGACAAGUACAGGGAGUGAGACUGUCGGGGAUAGAAAUGAUUAUGGUGAUUGUCAAGAUCAGAAACAAAAGGAGGAUCUGAAGAGAAAAUUCAGUCAAGGAAAAUGUUCGGACACCUCAAUAAGUGGCAAUAAAAACUUGAGUGGUGAUGGAAUAGAGGAGUACCGAGAUGGCGAUGAGGAGGAGCAAAUCACUGCAACUGCUCAAAAGAUCAUGACUACAUUUGACAGUGAGCAAGAUCACUUUGAUGAAAAGGUCCCAAGAAAGAAAAUGAAGAAAUCAUUUGACGUAGACAAUGAUGGAUUUGAUAAUGCCAACUCCACAGAUGGUCAAGACAGAAAUAUGAAAGAGGACAAGCAGGACAAAAGUGAAGUCCUAAAAAGGGAAAGAAAAGAAUCGGGUUCAUUAGAAAUACUGAUUUUUGAUGAGCAGAAAUGCACUGGUGGCCAAGAUGAAAAUGUGGAAACGGAUUGUAAGGAGAAAGAAACUCAGUCAAAUACCUCUCAAACUUCAGAUGCACUGGGUAUCAAGUCGUCAGAUUGCGAAGAUGCUACUCAUGAGCUUAGCGCAUGCACAAGUACCUUGAAAAGCAAAAGUCAUGAUUCUGAAUCCUGUUUGCAGAUAUCUGAGCAUCAGUCUUACGAAAGUGUAGCUCAGGACAAUAUUUGUGUUAUGAGUGUUGGUCAUUGCAGUGAUGCAAGAGGCAAGAAUGAGAAAAAUAGUGCAAGUCAAUCAGAAUCGUGUUUACAGUCAAAUGGCUCCUGCACAGAGUGGACUAAUGGAGGAGAAAAGACACAUGCCACUUCUUCUCCAGAAUGUCAUGGCCCUGGUGUCACUAGUGACUGUCUUUCUAUUGAUACUAGUGACAAGAACGUACAAGGUUGUGCUAGUCAUGUAGAAUCCUGCCUACUGUCAAACAUCUCCAGUACAGAUGCAAAUAUCCAUCUAGAAAAGGAAAUGACAAGUCCACCAAAGAAGAAAACCACAUCUCAUACUGAUCCAAAUGGUAGUGGCCCUGAUGUGACUAAUAAACACAGUAUUUCUAAUAGUUCAGAAUCCUGCUUACAGUCAAACAUCUCCAGCACAGACAGUACCUGUCUAGAAAAGGAAAUGUCAAGUCCAGGAGAGAAUCUAAAUACAACCUCUGAUCCACAUCAGCAAAAGUCAAUACAUCAAAGUCCAGUGGCCCUAGAACAAGAAAAUCUUAGUGGAGAUGUUGCUGAAAAUGCAAGAGAGUCAUUUGAAGAGAUGGACACACCUACAGAAGGACCACCAGUGCUUGGCAUGCUGUAUGGUGAACCUCUGUCAAGAGAAGACUCUUCAUGUGACACUGAUGAAACAAAACUUGACACAAGUCAGUAUCAAGACACUUAUGUGGCUGGACCUGACAGUAACGGCAUGAACAGUUUAGAAAGACAAGCACCUCAACUAAAAUCCUCCGUACAAAUGAGAAAACGUCUGCAGCCUGUUGUAAUAUUGAAGACCACCGAGUCAGUAAAUGGAAUGAAUAACUCGUAUCAUUGCGCAGAUUGUCAGCACACAACCCACAAUGUAGAUCGUCUAAUUGAACACCACCAUUGUCGUCAUUCAGUGUACAGCUUCCAGUUUUGCAAGAUGUGCAAUCUCUACCUGAUGAGGAAUAAACAAGCAGAAAAACAUGUGUGUGGUGUAAGCAAAGAAUGUCCUCGGCUCCCUUCUGAUUCCAACCUACAAAAGAAAAGACACCGCCUCGGCCGCCACAAGUGCAUUAGGUGUGGACUCUAUUUUUCAAAAAUAUUUCAAUAUAUCAAGCAUAUGCGGACUCACACUGGCAAAACACCCUAUAAGUGUAAUGGAUGUGGAUUAUAUUUUGCACAGAGUAGUACCCUGCAAAGACACAAGCGUAUACCUGGUAGAUGCAAGCAGCCAAAACCUCCAGUUACAAAUUGUGAUGCUGCUAUGAGUGACACUAAAACACCACCACUUAUGGACGUUGUACAGAACAAACCAUAUGCAAAUUUGCCUGAAUGUUAUGUAAAGCUUGUUGACAUCUCCAAAACCCAUAUGUGUAGUGUAUGUGAUAAAAGCUUCUCAACUGCAGAGGAGGCCAAAAAGCACUUCAACAGCAUACAUAGGGGAAAGAGUUUGGCAGUUUCACCACCAAGUCAGUGUACCACAAACCUCAGUGCUGAGGAAAGUCAAAAAGUAGACAAUGACCCAAGAGGAAAACACAAAUGUCCUCUUUGCCCACGGCUUUUCAAGUACUCAUACAACAGGGCUCGGCAUUUACGUGAUUGUGUCAGAAAUUCAAUAAGUGGUGGCAGAGGGAAAAUUGGCAGUAAAUACCGUUGUCCCUUGUGCCACACUACCUUCACUUUACCAUCCAACCGACAUAGACACAUUCAAACAUUUUGCCUCAGAGAAUGUGUUAAUCGGCUUGCAAAAGAGAGUGCUAAAUCAAGGCAAAAUCUGGAACAGAGAAAGACAAAGGUUGAGCAGAAAACAAUGUCAAAGGAAAAUGAACAGAAAAAACAGCCUAAGGACAUUGAACAGAGAAAACAUGCACCCCCAGCUUCAACAGCCCCCAAGGUUGUACCACGUUACAAAUGCAAUCUGUGUCCAGCUGUUUUUUCUCAUGCUUCUGGAAAGUACAGACAUAUGAAGAAACAUGAGUUGUUUAAACUCACUGGCAAAAUGUUCAGGUACAGGAAUUCAGUUUUCUCUACCAUGUCUAAACCAGCAACUUUAAGUAGUACAAAGACUGAAGAGAGUAAGGACAACUUAAAAUCAGCUGAAGUAAAUAGUGGUCGAGCAAUGAGCUGUCGAUUUUGUGGAAAAUGUUUCAGCAUCUCGCAGUCACUGAAGAAACAUGAGCGCAAUCACAGAGGUGAAAGACCGUACCGUUGUCUGGAAUGUGGAAAAGGAUUCAAGAAACGUUCCCAUCUUAUUGGUCAUAAAAUCGUUCACCAGAGGAGGAUACAGUGCACUGUCUGCAGAAAGAUUCUUCCAAGUAUUGGAGAACUGAUCCAGCACAGAAGCUCACAUAAUAAAAGGGGAAAGCUUCAAUGCCCAGACUGCCAUCUGCAGUUUGAGUAUCCUGCACAUCUCCUCAGGCAUCUAGACACCCACAAAAAUAGAGACACUAAGGCACAUCAGCUUGAAGAGGGACCACCAUUAAAACCACAGCAGUUCAUGGAAUCUGUGCAAGAGCAGAGUGGACCCAAGCAGCUACAAUGUUCCUUAUGCAAAGAGAUAUUUAAUGAUGCCCAAGUGCUAAGAAAACAUUGUCUUACACACAUAUCUGGGUCCUCGUCAAACCAGUGUCCUUUUUGCAAACUUAACUUCAAUAAUCGCCGCUAUUUGCUUCGCCACAUGAUCAAACAUACUGGAGACAAACCCUUUUCCUGUACUAACUGUGGAAAACAGUUUUACCGUGACUUGUACCUUAAACUUCACAGUGAGAGUUGUUUGCCUGCUCAAACCAGACAUCUUGUCACUAUAUCCAACACUACGUCAAAGGGGUCACAUAGGUGUUCCUACUGUCCUCGGGUGUUUACUAAGAAAAUCCGCCUGAUGGAUCAUCACCGUGGCCACAAAAUAAACUCUCUGCUUCUGUGCUCAAGAUGUGGGCAGUACUUUGGAUUUCGAAAAUUAAAUCAACAUCAGAAGAACUGCGGGGGGACUACCGAGCUCAACACUGGCUCAUCAGCUCCUAAUGGCGAUGUCAGUAAAAGCACUUCACGGACAAGCCAGAAUGGCCAUAAAAUGCCUUUACAGUCCAAUGCAACCAUGAUGCUUCAGUUUAAAUGCACUCACUGUACACAGAGGUUCAGGUACAGAUCGUUACUCUUGAGACAUCUUGUUACACAUACUGGUCUGCAACCCUAUGCAUGUAUGCACUGUGGCCAGAGAUAUAGAAGUCGGACAGUAUGUUUGCAGCAUGAAGCUUUGUGUGAUGGUGUUAACAAUGAGGGGCAGUCAAAAGUCAAAAGUGAUGCAGUAACACAAUUAUCAAACAUGCCUAAUCUCAGAGAGGUACCGCAAAAGCCCCAAGCAGAAGGUGAAGUGGAGUACAAGUGCAAAUUCUGUACCAAGACCUUCAUGAAAUCAAGAAACCUGAGACGUCACAUUUUGACACAUAACGAAGUAAAGCCUUAUCGCUGUAAAGCCUGUGACAGUUGCUUUUCGAGGUAUGAUCAUCUAAAAGUACAUCAGACUCGUUGCAAAGGGAAAAGAACACGAUUGGAAGUCUGUAUUCCCAAAAUCAGUUUAGAUGAUGUUGGCAAGGGUUGGCAAAAUAAGUUUGGCAUUGAGCAUGCUGAGAAGCAGGACACAUUCGAGUGCAAAAUCUGUUCAAGGAGCUUCUCAACUCGGUCUAAACUUUCCCGACAUGACACUAUGUUCCAUAUCACAAAAUUAUUCAAGUGCACACGCUGUGACUCGUCAUUCGCUCAUGAAAAAUCGCUGAAAAAGCACAGAAAGAUGAGGAGGUGCAAAAAGGUCUCCAAAGUAACAAAUGCUGCUCUACCACUGGGAGCUAAUCCACCCACAGAAAAUGUAACAAAACCCCUUGAUGGGGUGAGAAAUCGUGUUCUUCAGAGAAUCCAGCCUUAUUUCAACAAAAAAUACAAAUAUGUAUGUAGUUAUUGCCCCCGUUCUUUUGCAAACAGCUGGCAGUUGGGUGUGCACACCCGCCUGCACACAGGAGAGAAGCCCUAUGCCUGUGAUUACUGUGGUCAGAGAUUUAUAAGGAAGGAUUAUGUGCAGCGUCAUUAUGUAAAGUGCACCAAGAAACAACAGCAAAGUAAAGUGCUCUGUGACAGAUGUGGAGGGUUUUUUUCUCACGCCAAGCUUGAAAAUCACAAAAAAAGUUGCACUUCAACACCAAGCUUAUCAAAGGCAACAGUUUGCCAACCAUCAACCUCUCAAAGCCCACCGAAGGGCUUUUCUUGUGCAUACUGUAGUUCCCGCUUUUUGCUGUUUUCACAGCUCCAAGAGCAUUUUUUAAAUGCACACAAGAUGGAAACAAUGGUUCCACCAGUGGCUACAGCUCCCUUACAACACCAUCUGUCAAACAUGCCAAACAUAAAAGAAGAGCCUUUGGAUGAGAGUUGUGACGAACGGUUUAGUGCUAGUGCUAAUCUAAUCUGUAAACUAGACACAGCUCUUGAUGGCGAAGUCCCCAAACCAUUUUCCUGCCCAGAGUGCAAUAUGUCCUUUGCAAAUAAAGCUGGACUAAGUGGUCAUCUGCGUGUACAUGCAAUGGAGUUUCCUUUUAACUGUAAAACAUGCAAGAAAGGCUUCUGGAAUAAAACUCUUUUCCGUAAUCACUAUAGGAAAUGUAGAUUUGGACGUAUUUCAGAGAGUAAUACAACCCAACAGUUGGAAGUCCCUUUAAAAGCAGAGAUUGAUUUUGCACUAAAUGACUCUGUUUUAGUGUUCAAAGAAGGCUCCAAAACAACUGGCACUGGGGUUUUGCAGACCAAUUUCUCAUGCAAAGAGGACUUUAUUGAUGAAUCCCCACAAAAUUCUGAAGGAAAUGAGGAAGGCAGUUCAAGUACAGAGAAGAAAACUGAGCAGUACCAAUGUUCAGAAUGUGAUAAGAGCUUCACAGAUGGCUUAAUGCUCAUUAGCCACCUUGAAGACCAUGGAAGAGAGGAACAAGAGAAAAAGCGCAAUACAUGUUUUAAGUGUGGGAGGGUCUGCAGUAGUCAAGGAAGUCUUGAAAAACACAUGAGAGUGCAUGGAAUUAAUAAGAAUUACUCUUGCCCCGACUGCUCCAAGAUGUUUGACAACUUGUCUGACCUUGACAUCCACAGAACAUGUCAUGACCCAAGUAGACCUUUUGCAUGCAAACUGUGUAAUCAAAGGUUUUGGACAAGACCGUCUUUAUGUAAUCAUUACAGUGACGCCCAUCCAGAGGAUGUAUUUACUUGUCGCUUCUGUAACAAAGCCUAUUCAGUCAAAAAAUCACUGGCAAGGCACUAUAGAAAAUGGCAUCAAAAUGAGCAGAAGGAUCAUGGGAGUAUUGUCCAGGAAAAGAAGACAACUGAACAACAAUCAAACUUUCAAGUCGCUACAACUGGUGACAGUGAUGAGGAUGAAAAUAAUGCCACUGAGGACAGCGACUCAGACUCUGCACCAUACUUCCCAUGCCAUGUAUGUGGUAAGACAUUCCCAACUUCAGAAAGUCUUGAGGAUCAUCAGCGGUGUCACCUGGGUGAAAAACCACAUGAAUGUGCAGAAUGUGGUAAAUGUUUUUUCCAGGCAGCUCAGUUGCAGCACCAUCAACGAAUGCACAAGUCUGAAUUUCAAUGUCAGGCAUGCGGCAGGGGUUUUGUCUCUCUCUUUGCACUCCGUAAACAUAAGCAUACUCAUGGAAAGAGUCGUCCAUACCGUUGUUCCAAGUGUCACCUCAGUUUCACUGGACCCUCACAGUUAGCAGAACAUAUGUCCACCCACCGUGAAGAGAACUUCCCAUGUGACAUAUGCAAUCGAGUGUUUCUCUCCAAGAGUAGUAGAGCUGAGCAUCGGAAAAGCCACUCCAAGUCAGGUGACCGUCACCCAUCUUUAACUUCAAGGGAAGGACACAAGUCGUCUUCACUUUCUGAAAGCUCAUCCGUAUUCCUCAAGGAACUUAAGUAUCGCUGUGGUGUUUGUAGUGAGCGUUUCAAAGACCCAGAGGAGCUCUCAGAGCAUGGUUGCAUGGCAGCCAAAGAGCGACCAUACUCGUGUUCAGCCUGCGAUAAACAUUUUCUGCAUGCAUCUCACCUGAAAAAGCACAGGAUCACCCAUCAACUAUCAUGUUCUAGCAGUGAAUAUCCAUGUAAUCAAUGCAACAGUAGUUUUUCCUCUUCUCAGCACUUCCUCAGCCAUCUUAAGAGUCACGUUGAUACUACAGCUGAAAUGAAUCAUAACACUGAAGGUAAAGAUGGAGGUCCUUCACAUGGUUUCAUAUGUCCAGUUUGCCAUCAGUGUUUUGCCACUGCCACUGAAUUGAUUUGUCAUUUUCCCACGCAUCCUGAUAGUACAUUUGAAUGCAAAAUUUGUAAAAUGACAUUACCCUCUGGAAGUAAGCUUGAACAUGAUCGCCGUCAUCUGACAUCAGCUACUGAAUAUGAAUGCACCGAGUGUGGCCAGAGCUUUUUAGGAAGCGAUGCUUUCCGCCAGCACCGCUGUUCCCGUCAAGAGCACGCAGUAAUGCUGACUGAAUACACAAAUCCAUCAGCAAAGACUUCCACUCCGACUUAUCAUCAGACAGCAGGAGAGGAGGAGGAGAUUGAUGUUACCGGAGAGGACUUUUACUAUUGCCCUGUUUGCUCAAUGCAGUUCUCUUCAAAAAGUAGUCUCUUGGAGCAUCAAAAUAAACAGCAUGCAAAUGAGAAACCAUUCAAAUGUGAGCUUUGUGGAAAAACAUUUGCCGUGAGGCGGUACCUUAGAGAGCACGAGCGAAGGCAUCGUCUAAAAUCUGCUGCUCAAUCAGCCAAAAACGAGCUCCGAUGUACCCAGUGCCAUGCCGAAUUCACUUCAACACACAAUCUGUCAUUGCAUAUGAGAAUGCAUGCUGAAAAAGAAGUUGGAGAGUACCGCUGUGAUAUGUGCUACAAGUCAUUCAGCCAGUGGUCUCUUCUUAAGCAGCACCAAGAAAGUCACGUCGGCCAAGUUGUAUAUGAAUGCACAGAAUGUGACAAAGCCUUUGCUUUUCCUCACCUACUGGAUGAACAUCAACAGACUCAUGCUGGGUCAUCUCAGUAAUGGUUGUUGGAUACCAUCCCCCUUAUCUAUCUCUUGAAAUAACUGUAUUUAAAGUAACUUGAAAUCCCUUUCAUGCCUUACAUGUGUACCUCCACUUGUACUCACAACUUAGAUCCAGUUUGUAUUUUUGGCCCUUUUUGCAUACUUGCAAAGCUAUUGGCUCAUGUCACUAUGACGGGGCAUCUUCUCCUGAGUUUUUAUUUACAUUGUAUAUAUUUUUAGUUCUAAUAUUGGAAUUUGUUAACCACAAAUUAGCCACAGUGUUUGUAAAUCCAUGACAAAAUUGUGUAAAGGUGUUUAAUAUUCUGUGUGAUGAAUAUAGACAAAGCAUGAUGUUUAAGCAAAAUGUUUAUGGAAUGUCUUAGAUAGAGACUGACCUUUUUGAUCACUUUUUAUGUUUGACAUUUAUUUUGAAAUACUUUUUAGUCAGUUUUUUUGACAAUGUUUAAAAUGGAUUCAAACUGGUCGUUUUAAUCUAUUGGUAUUUUGUAUGACUAUACAUGUACUAUAGAUAAUUUUGUAAUUUUCAAUUUAACAUUUCUCAAUGUUUAUCAUGGGUUGCAUUUUUGAUAUUGCAAAGCAUCUUGUACAGACAUUUGAAAGAUGUUGUAAUUGAAUAUUCCUUUCACAACCUAAGGAUGUUAGUUUCUUAAGAAAUUUGAGUUGAUACAUUCAGUUAAGGAGUAAAGUCAACUAGAAAAUCUA